AUGGAGAAGAGCGAGACCACAGCGAGAACAGUGGCGUUGCCGGCAUCGGCGCCGGUGGUGAGGCAGCUGGAUUUCACGGUCAAUCUCAAGGCCGCGACAAAAGCUAAUGCCGUGUCGAGUAUGAUACUGCCGGACCACCCUCAGGCUCAGCUUCAAUCCAAAUUGCUGGCCUUAGCCCAAUCGAGGCAGGUGGCUGCACCUGUAAGGCCUCAAUUUCCUCCGACUCAGACGAUACUGCCACCUCGGAAAAUGGUAAUGCCGCCCAAAUUCCACCACCAGGAUCAGCCCCUAGUCAUGGGGCCCGCCAAGCUACCCACCCCAGCUCCUCGUUUGCCUCACCCGAAAAACAAAGCCGUCGUCCCUAAGCCUCCAUUGCAGCCAUUGCUGAAGUUUGAGUCCCCAAAAUCACGAGAAAAGGCUAAUCUUGAACAGAAUGACGGUACUCCGAAAAAGCAGAAACAAUGCAAUUGUAAGAAUUCUAGAUGCUUGAAGCUGUACUGCGAGUGCUUUGCCUCUGGGGUUUACUGUGAUGGAUGCAACUGUGUCAAAUGUCACAAUAAAAUGGAACACGAGGCUGAUAGGAAGGCAUCAAUUGAAACUAUUUUGGAGAGGAAUCCUAAUGCGUUCAGACCAAAGAUAGCUAACAGUCCACAUGGAGCCUCUGAUGGCGGUGUAGAACACCAUAAGGGAUGCCAUUGUAAGAAAUCCGGGUGUCUCAAGAGGUAUUGUGAGUGCUACCAGGCCAAUAUUCUGUGUUCAGAUAAAUGUAAAUGCAUGGACUGUAAAAACUAUGAAGGGAGUGAGGAGAGGAAAGCUCAUUUUCAUCAAUACCCUACAAAUUCGAUUGCAUUAAUGCAACAAGCUGCCAUUGCGGCCAUCGAUGGAGCUAUUGGAACUCCAAACAAGAAGAGUAGAACUCAACAAAUGGGGCAUGGGUUGGCUAGUAAUAAACAGUUGAGUAACUGGCCUACUCAAAAUCAUCAGGAAAGUUGCUCAACAUCUGAUGCCUCAAAUUCCUCAUUAUCUCAUCACAAGUCCAAACAGAUAUUUGGAAUUUCUAAACCUUCCUUCAGGUCUCCUUUGGAUGGGAUCCUCCAAUUACAAGACGUGAAGGACUUCUGCAUGCUUUUAGUUGAACUUUCAUCUGAAGCAGCUCAGAAUUUUUCGAGUAGGUUUCAUAGUAAUUGGAGAGUUUUGAGUGAGGAGGAAAGUUUUGAAUUGUCUUUUGCUUAUGGAAGGGUAAAAACAAAGUAA